UAAGUAAUUUUGUGAGAGAGAUUACCGAUUUCCUUAAAGCAGACGACACAGAACGAGCGCGAAAACUACGCCAAAGCACCACUGGUAAUGAAAUGGCGCAGAUAUUUGAACAACUUGCAAAUUCUGAGCUUGCCAUUUUCAACAAAUAUUGUGGACAGAACAGCACAAUAUGCCUACCAGGGCCCAAGGGUGAGAAAGGAGACGCGGGGCUUGCUGGAACUGCGGGUAUAAAGGGGGAUACUGGUUCACCAGGUGAGAAGGGGUCAAAGGGCGAUUUAGGUUUACCCGGCCUUAAAGGUCUAAAAGGAGAACCGGGAUUGCUCGGUUUCCCAGGGGUAAAAGGUGACAAGGGUGAAGCUGGUACCCCGGGGAGGAGCGGCCCGGCGGGAAUAAAAGGUGACAAAGGUGAUAAAGGAGACAUGGGCUUAGAGGGUCCACCUGGAAAAGACGGAUCCCCAGGACAACCAGGGGUCAAAGGUGAAAAAGGUCGAGUAGGUGACCCUGGCAUGUUAGGACCCAAGGGAGACCGAGGAGAUUUUGGUCCACCGGGAAUUCCCGGGGCCAAGGGAGCUGCAGGAUUCCCAGGGUUAAAGGGUGACAAAGGAGAAUCAGGAGCAUCUGGGGCACCUGGCCCUCCAGGGGUACGUGGGGAAAAAGGUGACCCAGGGGUCAACGGUUCAAGUGGUCCUCAAGGUCAGAAAGGGGAGGCGGGAGCAAAGGGGGAUCGUGGAGAGGUUGUGACUGUGCAGUCUGCACAUCCAGUAUCCUCAUGUUGUGAUAGUCUAGAAAGACCAUAUUUCAAUCAAACAAUAGAAGAGAUUCAUGCUCUUGAGGGAACAACCAUCACUUUGCAUUGCAAUGCUCAUGGUCACCCCAAACCAAAAGUGGAAUGGAUAUUAGCCUCCAAAAAUGGAUCAUCAAGUGUUUUACCCUUUUCCAGCGCAGAAACUCUUAAUUUGGCCAAUCUCGAUCCCGACAAAGAUUCAGGAACCUACAUGUGCACAGCGUCCAGCGCGCUUGGUCAAGCCUCGAAAACAGUGCAACUAAAUGUAUAUGAACACAUCAAAAUAGUGGACCCCAUUUCAAACCAUACUUUACUCGUGGGUCAGAACGUCGUGUUCGAAUGCAAAUUCGGCGGUGAACCCAAACCUGCAGUUUCAUGGUAUCACGUAAAUAAGGACGGUACACGAACUAAGAUCACGGACGGCGUUAUAGAGAUUCCUGGGGGUUCCCAGUUGGGGAUUCCCUCUGUCGGGUUGGGUGACAGAGGGGAGUAUGUAUGCGAAGCGACCAAUGGAGUGGAAACUAUUUCUGAGCAUGCGUAUCUGAUGACACAAGGUCCACCUUCAAUAACACAACCAGCCCCGGUGACCGGACUUGUGGGACACAAUAUCACACUUCACUGUGACGUACAGGGAGAACCAAAACCUAUAACAACAUGGAUAGCGCCACCAAACGUCAACAACGCCUACGAGGAUAAGAAGGGUGACCUGGUCCUGUUAAAUCUACAGACGGGAGACGCUGGGUCCUAUAUCUGUUGGGCCACGAACUCAUUCGGAACCGUCAGCUCCGUGGUCUCUCUGGUGGUACAUGGUCCCGGAAAGGUUGAGAUAGCCGGUAACCACAAAAUACCUGUAAAACCAUCCACCACUAGCUUUGCCAUCGACUGCAAAGCCACUGGAGAAGCGCCACUGAAUGUUCAGUGGUACCAUGAUGGUAAACCUGUGUCACCUGACCCUACCCACGUGGUUCUACCAGACCACACCCUACUUGUCCUGUCAGUCAACCGGCCUGCAGACUAUGGUCGUUAUGUGUGUGUGGCGUCCAACAUUUACGGCUCCGACAAUGCAACUGCUUUUGUGUACGAGGACAAGGGAACGGUAACAUGUGAUGUUCCUUUUACACAAUGUCCUGGUAAACUGUGUGGGGCGACGUGUCCCUCUGGCUGUCAACUACGAAUUGUUGAUGGAACUCUUUCUUAUCCAGCGUCUGAACCGCUGUGUUCGAGUGCAAUACAAAGUGGGGCAAUCAAAAGCAACGGCGGGGUGGUCACGUGGCAGACGGCGGGAAACACAGCAACAAUACAGAUGAGAUGACAGACCUA